GACAAGCUGGAUAAGUCAACUCAAAUCAACUCAUCGUUGGUCCGCUGGGAACCAAGAUCCUGAUACCGAAGUAUUCUUUCGAAAUUAGACGAUAUGGUGGUUGUGAGGGGAAUGUACGAGAUCACGGAGCUGGCGGUGGGUUGCGUUGGAUGCGUGGGUCUCUUCAUGGCCGGCUGCAAUGCCCUGCCCAUGCAGUACGUCCCUGAUCUUUCGGCUGCACUGUUUGUCCUGUCGACGGUGUUUCUGCUGCACCAUCUGAGGGUGGUGAUCAUGCCACCGCUGCAGGAGCUCUGGCGCCUGCUGCUGGAACUGGUGGGUUUCUAUUUCUGCACUCAGAUCCUCGUGGUGCUCGUGUGGCAGCAGUUUCACACCCUGGCGGAUAAGCUGCGGGAUGCGGCACUUGAUACUCGGAUGGCCAUGGACCUGCUGGAACGUCAUCCCAAGGUCUUUAUGUUUAUGCGCCACGAUUUCUGCUACUUUGGAAAGCUUUUGGUGUCCUUGCUGUGCACCUACAAAGCCGUGUCGGUCACUCGUGCCUUGGAUUAUGCCCUCCCACAUCGCCGGACUUAUAGAUAUUAUGAGGAUCAAGCCGCAUAUGACGACUGCGGUGAUAGUUGGUAGUUGAUAGUUCCACCAGAAGAGUAACCUUCAAAGAGGAUUAAUCAAGUAACUCAGUUCAAUCACCCAUUUUUUUAUGCUCCAACCAUGGAGUCCAAUACACGUAUUAUGAAGGUGAACGGCAGCCCGGGUUCAGUGCACCCAAAUCGAAGGCUGGAUACAAAAGCAGUUAACGCUUUAAAACAUAUUUGCAUGCUUGAGAGAGCAGCGCCAGCACGUACCCAAAAUACGCAACUAGGUUUUUAAUUUUGGCGCCUCAUUAAUCGAUAAUCGAUUAGCGGUUGAUCGAGAGAAAUAAAUAUCGCUUGUUUACCAUCUCUAGCAGAAGAGAAGAUCGCGAAGAAGAAGAACAUUAAGAUCGGACACAAACAAUAAAGAAAUUAAACAAUUUGCCGUAA